AUGUCGAUGUUCAGGUCCAAGAAGCUGGACAUCGGCUCCUUCCUCAACAUCAAGGUCAUUCGCGACCACACCAAGAGGAAGGUCUUUGCCCAGUACGAGCCCGAGAGACAAGCCCUCCGAUACAUCAUCCAGAACACGACCCUCCCUGCGAAGACGAGGGCAGAGGCCCAGCUGCAGUUGACCCAGAUGCACUGCUACACCAGGCCGACUCAGAUCCGCGGCAGGUGUUUGCUCGGUGGAAAGGGACGGGGUAUCUUCAGGGAUUUCCGGCUUUCGAGAUACAACUUCAGGAUGCAGGCGUUGGAGGGCAACCUGCCGGGCGUGCAGAAGGCCAGCUGGUAG